CGACAAAGGACCUUCCGGUGUUUCCUUCUCGACCAAUGGGUGAGCGGAGCUAUCUGCUCGGCCUCCCUGACGACGUUUCCCUCCACCUGCGGAGGUAUCUCAAAGCCGACGGCUGCGGCGCCCUCCGCGCCACGUCCAGGAGCGUCGGCUGUCAUCUCGUCAAUGAGGACUUCCUCACGGGCCGCCUCGACGCCGCCAUCCGCACCAACGGCCUGAGCUCCGUGCUGGCUUAUCGCAAGCGACACAAGACGGCCAAGGCCUUCCUCCUUCACACCCUCAAGGCCGCCUGCAGCGCCCUUCCAACCGCCAUCGGCCACCUCGGCAGCCUCGCUGCGAUGAUUGGCUUCGCCGUCAUCGUUCUUGGCAUCCUGUAUGCUGUCGUUCUGUUGCCGAUGCAGUGGCUGGUACGAAAGAUUCUUGCCGUCUUCUUAGCGGAUCACUGGCUCGCCACGUUCAAGUGGUUUGUUCCAGUGUUUGUCGGGGCUCUUCCUGGGAGCGAAAUCCUUCGUAUGGUCUUGCAUGCGGCGCUCAAGGCGGAGUGGGCACGGCGAGAUGUGGACACGGUGACGGACAUGAGUGUGUUCUUUGAGGACGCCUUCGUGUGGCUUGCUCGCCUCGUGUGGGGUGGCCUGCGGCUGGCAAUCGGGAUCGACAAGCGGAUGAGCCAAAUCGAGUACCUUAUGCGGCUGCUGUACGUCAUCGAGGAGGGAGGCUGCUGGGAGCCCAUCGUGCCGCUCAUCCACUUCGUGAGGAACUGCGGCAUGAUGCCCCUAAAGUACUGCGGCAUGAUGCCCUCACUGCCCAUUGUUGUCACUGCGACUUGAAGGCGGUGGGCAGCAGGGCCCUC